CCUAUGGACACAUCAAAGCAUGAAAAUCGAAUAACUCUUGUACCCACAACGGCAAUUGAAAGUGCAUUGGAAAUGAUUGGAGACGAAAAAAUUGAGCUAUACAAAUUUGGUGACCAUAAUAGCUUUUCAAACGAGGACAAAAUGUUGUCAUUCAUUUACAACAACAUACUCAGUAUUGGUCAAUGUGGUAAUGAUUUUGAACAAUCCAAUGAAGAACCAACCAGCAUGGACCUUGAGUUGGAAGCCGCGAUUGCCGAGCCAAUAAUCAUCCUCGAAGACGAAGAAGGAAAUCUGGCUGAUUAUGGGAAUUGCUCUUUGAACAUGGAAAGUGGUUGGUCUUCCACGAGAGAUUAUUCCAGCGAAACAGUAAAUAAUUCAGUUUUCUUGGAUAUGCCCAACGACAUGGCGACUCCUGAAUCAUCGAUUCUCAUUGGACAUAAUUCCUUUCUUGAAGAGGAGUAUCGUGCAAAUUGCCCGGAAGAAGACACGACAAUGAAUAGUGUUUCAAAUGAAUACCAAGAAUCCAGCAAAGACACACGUGAGUUAGAUUACGAAGAAUUAACAAUCAACGAUGAGGAUGAAUUGGAAUGGUAUCCAGAUUCACGGUUGAAUGUUGAACAAGGGGAAUCGCCCAUUCCGAUGGAGAAAUUCGUGUGUGAUACGCCACCGUCCGACCUUUCAAAUUGCAGUAGCUUUUACAAGCACCAGGAAACAGAAUCAGUCAGCGCUUCAAAGUUUUUCGUAGCUCCGCCAAGUCCUAAGCGAUGCUCGAAACACCGAUUUUAUAAACAAAAAUCAUAUGCAAUUCUGACAGCAGGAGAAAGAUUGCAGGAACUCCGCCAAAUAGAGAUCAACAAGGAAGUAGCAGCAAAAGAAAAGUUGGAGAAAGCUGAGAAGCGUAAGGCGGAGAAGCUAAAGAAGGAAGUAGCGGCACUGAUUCGAGCUGAAGAGAAGGAGAAUGCGAGAAAAAUAAGAGAUUUAAAGAAGGAAGAAGAAGCCAUCAAACGAGCCGAAAAGAAAGAAAACGCUAAAAAAUUGAAAGAAGAGAAGAAAGAAAAAAAAAAGAACUCAAGCAAGCGUUUUGAUAAGUUGUUAGUAUAGGAUCUAUAACUACUAUUCCCCGUAUGAAAACAAAACUUUUACAUAAUGGGCAUUAAAUUGUAUCGCACUGCUUGGUAGAUCAAUUUAUCACUGGAUCAGUUAUACGUACCACACCAAAAAUUCAAAAUCUAGAUUCCAUUACCUUUUAGUAUUCUGUUUGCUAAGCAAAUACCUUGCGGACUGUUGAAAUUGUCCUUUUACUAAGCUUCACAUUUGAAAAAGUUCAAUUAGAAAAUUACCAGUACAAUUGUAACGUAAGAGAAACUGUUGCUAAUGUUUGUAUAUACU